AUGGGCGCAUUUUCCAAAAACGUCAUGUCACAAUUUAAAAGACUUCCAUUCCAGCUAUUUAGAAACAAGUUUUUCCACCCCAUCAGGUGCGAGUCCACCUGUCCCGAACGCCGUCCGUACUCGCCCUUCCGCCCUAAAAACCAAACCGAAUGGGUGUUAGCCCGUCUGGACGAUUUGCUGAACUGGGGCCGGAAAACCUCAAUGUGGCCCCUUACCUUCGGUUUGGCAUGCUGUGCUAUCGAAAUGAUGCACAUUGCAGCCCCGCGAUACGACAUGGACCGGUACGGCGUCGUUUUUAGGGCUUCGCCCCGCCAAACGGAAGUCAUAAUUGUGGCGGGAACCGUCACCAAUAAAAUGGCGGCAAGUUUGAGAAAAGUCUACGAUCAAAUGCCCGAACCCAGAUGGGUCAUUUCAAUGGGCAGUUGUGCCAAUGGGGGCGGGUAUUAUCACUAUUCCUAUUCCGUGGUCAGGGGCUGUAACCGGAUUAUUCCGGUCGAUAUUUACGUCCCGGGGUGUCCCCCAACCGCUGAGGCGCUCAUGUAUGGGAUUUUGCAGCUUCAGAAGAAGGUCAAUCGCCACAAUGCGAUACAGAAAUGGUUUGUUAAUCGUUUCUGACUUAAAUAAAAUAAUAUUGAUUCCCAAUAA